CUCUCCCUCUUCCCCUGACGUCGCUGUGUACACAGAGCCAAGCAGGCACGGCUAGGAUGCCAGCUUGUGGCGCAUGCGCGGAAUAGCGGAUCUGGAGCAGCACACCACACAGCUGCCUGCCUCCUGUAUGAGCUGUCGGUGGCCGGUACCGCAGUGCGAUUACUGCUCCGUGUCAGCCCGCGGCUGUGGAGCCGGAUGCCCGGGGCGUCUGCUGGAGAGGGUGAGCACACACAGACUUUACUACAUAAGAAGUGCGGGCUCAGGUACCCAGAACAGCUUCCUGAAGUAAGGGGGAUCCUCUGGCCCCCAGCGAUGGGGCCCCUAUGUACUUAGGACGCAGAAUCUGCUCUCGGCAGGGUUAACUAAUGCUUUUCCUGCUUACUUUGUCGGAACGGGCCGAGCACUCAGAAUCGCAGGGCAUUAUGACAAUGUCCAGCUUAGGUGAUCUCUCUCAGGGGGGGACAGGCAUGAUCACAGGUUUGCCGGCUGCUACAAUUCCUGGCACAGAAACCUCUGUAAGUCCCAAUCUUUCCAGGAUGCCGGAGGAAGAGCCUUUCACCUUGGAGCAGCCCAUGUUCCUCAUGACCACCACAGCUCAGGCCAUCUCGGGGUUCUUUGUCUGGACUGCAUUACUGAUCACCUGCCAUCAGAUCUAUAUGCAUCUGCGCUCCUACAGCUGCCCCAAUGAGCAGAGACACAUUGUCCGAAUCCUCUUCAUUGUUCCUAUAUACGCCUUUGAUUCUUGGCUUAGUCUCCUCUUUUUCACCAAUGACCAGUACUAUGUGUACUUUGACACAGUGCGGGACUGCUACGAAGCAUUUGUCAUCUACAAUUUCCUGAGCCUUUGCUAUGAGUAUCUUGGGGGUGAGAGCAAUAUCAUGACUGAGAUUCGGGGGAAACCUGUUGAGUCUAGUUGUAUGUAUGGUACUUGCUGUCUUUGGGGGAAGACCUAUUCUAUAGGACUCUUACGCUUUUGUAAACAGGCCACCCUGCAGUUCUGUGUGGUUAAACCAUUAAUGGCAGCAAUCACUGUGAUACUUCAAGCUUUUGGCAAAUAUCGGGAUGGUGAUUUCAACGUGGCUAGCGGGUACCUCUAUGUGACAAUUAUCUACAACAUCUCGGUCAGCCUGUCGCUCUAUGCUCUAUUUCUGUUUUACUUUGCCACACGAGAGUUGCUCAGUCCCUACAGCCCCGUAUUGAAGUUCUUCAUGGUGAAGUCAGUGAUUUUCCUUUCCUUCUGGCAAGGGAUGCUGUUGGCUAUACUGGAAAAGUGUGGAGCCAUUCCAAAAAUCCAUUCAGCUGAGGUUACUGUGGGUGAGGGCACAGUAGCUGCCGGGUACCAGAACUUCAUUAUCUGUGUGGAAAUGUUCUUUGCAGCUAUAGCUCUGCGUUAUGCUUUUACUUACAAAGUAUAUCUAGACAAGAGGUUGGAUGCCCAAGCUGUUCCAACCUACGGUCCAUAUGGCCGCUGCGCCCCCAUGAAGAGCAUCUCCAGUAGUUUGAAGGAGACCAUGAAUCCUCAUGACAUUGUCCAGGAUGCCAUCCAUAACUUCUCACCAGCCUAUCAGCAGUACACACAGCAGUCUACCUUGGAGCAGGGCUCAAGCUGGCGCAAUGGACAAAUUAUUUCUCGCUCGCAGAGUCUGUCGGGCUCUCGUGACACAGAGAAGACCCUGCUUCUGAGUUCUGAUGAUGAAUUCUGAUCUGCAAGAAGAGAGAGCCUGACUAACUCCUAGGGGCGAGGACUCGGCUGUGGUUUACUUUCACCAAAUUCUGUGCUGCCUUUUUUUUUCUUUUCUUUACAGAGUCCAUUUAAAGCAGGCGAUAUCCAUAUAGAGCGGAGUCAUAGAAUUAUUUUUUGGUGAUGAAGGUUUGUUGCAGGUUGUGAUCGUAUUUUUGUAGCUUAACAGAUACUGUGUGUGACAAUAAUUUUAAUAUUUUUUAUUAGAAAUUGGAAGAGGCUGGAUUAUACUUUCGCUGAAUUCUAUUCUUCUAGUACUCUGACAACUGUGGAUGCAGUGUGAUCGUCUAGUUCUGUGUAACGCUGAAUGAAGGAUUACAUUGGUGUUUUCAUAUAUGCCAUAGAGGUCCAUGGAAAUGUUCCAGUAUAGGUCUAGAUACCAUCUAGACUUGUACGCUGAGAGAUGGAUCACAACCUGCAACAAAUCUCGAAAUUCAGAACACUUGUCCCUCAUGCAGGUCUAGUACUUGGUACUCUGUGGCUUCCAUUACAAACAGCAGAUACUACUCUGUCCUUUGACUCUGUAGUCAGUGGGCUUUUUCCCAGUGUGAUGUGACUAUUGAACUCUUUUGUUAUCUUCUGGUGCUGAUCAUAGCAUUUUUGUUUUUCUAAGUACUGCCCAAAAAGAAUGCUGUCUAAGAAGUUCAUUGGGGGUCACUUAUUUCACAUAUCCCAUUUUAUUUACUUACUCCCCUGAUGCUUGUUUUUUGGUUGGACUUCUCAUUUCCCUUUCUCAUUAUGAAUGGUGUAUGAAUUUUUUUCAGUGGUUUUCCAGCUUCAGCGCAUAAAUAUUAUAUUGUAUACUGUGAAGUUCUGCAGUUUUCUAUUACUAUGUUUUUGAGAU